AUGCGUUUGUUAGAGGCGGCAAGGGCUCUGCCAUGGGGGUCGGGCACAAAGCCAACGGGUGGUUUGGGAAGCGAGAAAGGGCUUCAAGUCGAGCUUCAUGGAGGAAGGGAAGGGAAGAGGGAAGGGACGAAGAAGGGAGCCCAAGAUCUGGGCAGUCGUCACCGGCGAGGGAAUGAAAGAGGCCAAAAUUUGGGCAGUCACCGGCGAGGGAAUGAAGGAGGAGAGGGGGGAGAGCACCGGUUGAAUGAAGGACGAAGAAGGGUGGGCAAGAUCUGGGCAGCCGUCACCGGCGAGGGAAUGAAGGAGGCCAAAAUCUGGGCAGCCGUCACCGGCGAGGGAAUGAAGGAGGCCAAAAUUUGGUCAGUCACCGGCGAGGGAAUGAAGGAGGAGAGGGGGAAACACCGGUUGAAUGAAGGACGAAGAAGGGAGGCCAAGAUCUGGGCAGUCGUCAUGGGCGAGGGAAUGAAGGAGGCCAAAAUCUGGUCAGUUACCGGUGAGGGAAUGAAGGAGGAGAGGGGGGAGAGCACCGGUUGA